CAUUAACAUGUGACCUCGAUUCUGUGGGGGAUGGAGGUCGCAUGCUCAUAUAUGCUCAACAUAGCCAUUGAGAACCUCAGUGAAUCAACGUGAUAUGUGUUUUUAGAGCAAUCUAUGUUUUUUAUGGAGGAUUUGGUAUUUGUGAAUCAGCAAAACAGUGUAGUGGAGAUGUAUACAUAAACAUGGAUACAAGGCAGAUGAUAGAACAAAGAUGGCUCUCAGGUGGCCUUUUUCCUAGCAGCAAUGAUGCCAAAAUGAAGGUGGUAUGCGUGAUUGACCGCAGUCCGUCAGCUCCACCCAUCAGGCAGAGAGUCUAUGAAGAGAUCGAGAAAGCAUGUAAAAGCUUUGAUGCCACCAUCCAGCACAUCAGCUUUGAGAAGCUAGACUUUGGUGAGACCAGCGUGUUGGACAGUUUUUACAAUGCAGACGUCAGCAUCAGCGAGGCCUCAGUCCAGACCCAGCAGUCGGCCUUGUUCUACCACAUCGGGGUGCGGGAGAGCAUGGGCAUGGAUGAUAACUUUAUUCUCUUCCACGACACUGACCCAGAGCAGACAUUAGCUCUUAAGCUAUCAUGUGUGGGGAAUGUGUUUUUCCCCUACCUAGAGGAUGAGAACCACACGGUGUAUGUGACAGAGGAGGAGGAUGGGAUGAAAAUCUCGUUAGAUGGGGAUGCAUGUUUGUACCCCAAUAAGUACUCCCUCUCUGCAAGACUCAAGAGGGGCAUCAAGCAGAUUGAGACGUCAACAAACAUUCACAUGAAGGAAAGGUUUUUGUCAGAUCUCAGAAAGGCAAGAGAGAAUCUGAAAGGGGAAGAAUUAGCCAAGACCCUGUCUAAUAUGAGGAACAGGUUUGAUGAUCCACAGCUGUUAUCACUGGACAUUGUACUGAAUAUGCUACUCUCGUAUAGAGAUAUUCAGGACUACCAUGCCAUGGUGACAUUAGUUCAGGAUGUACAGGCCAUUACAAAUGAGCAGUGUAGUAAAAUAGUGGAGAUCCCAGCUAUACAACAGCUGUAUGCAUUUGCUCUCAACAGAAGAAACAAAAAAGGAGAUAGAGACAAAGCAUUAGAGGUGAUUCUCAAGGCCAUUAACAAACAGGACCCUCCUGUACCUGAUAUGAUCUGUCUGUGUGGCAGAAUAUACAAGGAUAUCUUUGUAGAAUCUGACUGCAAAGACACUGCUGCUAGAGACAAGGCCAUUCAGUGGUAUCGCAAAGGAUUUGAAGUACAUCCUAAUGAAUACGCAGGAAUAAAUCUAGCCACUCUUUUGGUUAUCUCAGGGAAAGAAUUUGCAAAGUCUUCAGAAUUACAGAGGAUUGGCAUGACCCUUAACCAGUUAAUAGGCAGAAAAGGCAGUUUGAUGUCCCUGACAGACUACUGGGAUGUAGCAACAUUCUUUGAAAUCUGUGUUCUGGCUGAGGACUAUGGCAAAGCAAACCAGGCAGCAGAGUGCAUGUUCCGUCUGGAACCUCCCAUAUGGUAUCUGAAAUCCACUGUGAACAACAUAGUGCUCAUCAACACAUGUAGAAAGAAAAAUGAGGACCGCAUUGUCAGUGAAGAGGAACAGAUAUUUAACUUCUGGAUGGAUUUCUUUAUGGAAGCUGCAAAAGAAAUAUCGUCAGACUUGAGAUAUCCUGUUUUGGUGUUGGAACCGAAUCGUGUGUACCAGCCAAGCUAUGUACAGAUUAAUAAUGAGAGCUCUUCUGAAGAUGACUUGGAUGAACCGUCUGUGCGUCUGUGGCAUUGCGGAGCCCCACGUAACUGCAAACAGAUUCAUCAGUGGACCUUUCCAGCCUCCUCAAUCAAGGGAGUAAGCAUCUACAAGAGAGAUAAAAGGGCCGUGUUUUUGUAUGUGCAGCAGAAUUCAGAUGACUUUCAGAUAUUUUUCCCUUCUGAAACACAGAAACAUAGGUUCUAUGAUCUGGUCUCCGAUAUGAUAGAAGACAAGGAAGGUACUGUGCUGGAUUUGGAAAUGGAGUACACGUCCAGUCAUCCUAUACAGUAUGAGUAUGAGAUUGAUGAGAAAGGCAAUAGGGUGAUCCUGGGCAGAGGAACGUAUGGAGUAGUUGUCGCUGCACGGGACUUGACAACUCAAGUCAGAAUUGCCAUAAAGGAAGUCCCAGAGAAAAAUAUAGAAGAGGUGCAGCCAUUGCAUGAAGAGAUUCGUCUUCACUCUCGACUUAGCCACAAGAAUAUUGUGAAAUACUUGGGUUCGAUCAGCGAAGAUGGUUUCUUUAAAAUAUUCAUGGAGCAAGUCCCAGGAGGAAGUCUCUCCACCUUGCUUAGGUCUAAGUGGGGGCCUCUUAAAGACAAUGAAGCCACAAUAGCAUUCUACACUAGGCAGAUCUUGGAAGGACUAAGAUACCUGCAUGACAAUAAGAUCGUUCACCGUGACAUCAAAGGUGACAAUGUCCUUGUCAACACAUACAGUGGUGUCCUCAAGAUCUCUGACUUUGGGACGUCAAAGAGACUAUCAGGACUACACAACUUUACAGAGACAUUUGCAGGUACACUACAGUACAUGGCACCAGAAGUGAUUGACAGAGGAGCAAGAGGAUAUGGUGCACCGGCAGAUAUAUGGUCACUGGGCUGCACUGUGAUAGAAAUGGCUACAGGAAAACCUCCAUUCAUUGAGAGUGCCCAUUAA